ACUGAAGCACGGGUGCGUGCGCGCGCGAGCGUCCGACAACGUGCGCGGGCACGUGGGCGCUGGCAAGCUGACGACUCGAUGCCAAAACAGUUCAUCCAAGGACGCUGCGCUGCUACCUGAAGAUGAAUGAAGUGAAAAUGGAAGAGCAACCAGAAGAAGAAAAGCUUGCAAAUUUGCUGGCUGAAGGCAACGUCUCGGUGCCGAUGGCGGCGCCUCCCAAGCGGCGGCACCACUGCACGCUGUGCGAGCGCGACUUCUCGUGCCCGUCGCGCCUCUCCGACCACAUAGCGGCGCACUUUGGCGAGAAGCCGCACGCCUGCGGCGUGUGCGGCAAGCGCUUCAGCAAGAAGAUCAACGUCAAGGUUCACCAGAGGGUGCACACGGGCGAGAAGCCCUACGCCUGUCAGGACUGCGGCGCCCGCUACGCCCAACUGGGCUGCCUGCGACGCCACCGCCUGCGCCACGCCCCGCAGAAGCAGCACACGUGCGACGAGUGCGGCCGCGGCUUCCUGCAGCGACGAUACCUUCUGCAGCACCAGCGCGUGCACACGGGCGAGCGCCCGUACGCCUGCGCGCUUUGCCCCAAGCGCUUCGCCUCUACUGCAGGCCGCUCGGAGCACCAGCGCACGCACUCGGGCGACGCCUACACCUGCGCCGUGUGCCGCAAGGUCUUCACCACGCCGUCGGCCUUCCGCGACCACGCCACGCUGCACACCGGCCGCAAGCCGCACCCUUGCUCUGUGUGCAGCAAAAGCUUCAACCGGCCGGGCCUGCUUCGCAAGCAUCUGCAGAAGCAUCUGGAAGACGCCGUGGACGACGAGCAAGACGGCGAGGAAGAGGAGCACUCGCAGGAUGGGUCUUCAUUGCCAGGCGCGCCGACGCGCCUGAAGAAGAAAACGAAGAAGAAGAAGGUCCACGAGUGCGAGCUGUGCGGUCGCAUCUUCUCCAGGCCGUACAAGCUGAAGGAGCACCUGGAGGUCCACGCGGCCACGCGGCUGCACGGCUGCUCGGUGUGCGGCAAAAGCUUCGCCAACGCCACCAACCUGAAGGCCCACGAGAAGAUCCACACGGCCGAGCGGCCGCACCGCUGCCACAUUUGCACCAAAUGCUUCCUCAGGCCCUACGAGCUGCGCAAGCACAUCAAGACGCACGAGCGCCAGGACCUCUUGGACCUCCCUGCCAUACCUGUGCCAGCACUGACGACGACGACAUCGCUUCCUGCCAACAGCGCCAAUAUGAAAGACGGAGUCAUGCUACCUCAGAAGGAGGAGGCUUUUCCCAAAGAGGAGCAGCUUCCCGGUAACCAUGGCAACCAGGAUGCCAGGAAGGAAGAGCAGCGGGAGGAGGAAACGGUGAACGGUCUCAUCAACUCUGAUGGCGAAGAAGAAGCCUGGAGCCCCGCCCUCAUACAAUCGGACGGCACCACAAUGGCGACAACACGGACGAGAACGAGGGCGGCAGCGGCGGCGCGGUGCGACAGCGAGGAC